GGUCCACUCUGGUGGUGUCUGACCUGAGUCCACUCUGCUCACACGAGCUUCAUGUGUGACCUACAACACACUCCAUUACCUCCCAGCCAGCAGGUAGUGUGUGUGUCAGCGUGAUUCUCUAAACACACAUUAGCAGAGGUGUUUAAUCAUCAAUUGACACAAUGUCCCCCGAUCUCCUGCCCCUGUUCUCUCUCUCUCCUACUCGUUCUCCAUAGUGUCUGCAGCAUUGGUCAGGUCUGGGGUUAGUGAAUCAGUGGUCAGGUCUGGGGUUAGUGAAUCAGUGGUCAGGUCUGGGGUUAGUGAAUCAGUGGUCAGGUCUGGGGUUAGGUGUGUGUGUGUGUGUUAUUGUUAGGGUUAGGUGUGUGUGUUAGUGUGAUCGGUCAGUAAUGGCGUCCAACUCCACCACCCAGUUCUUUGCUCUGUCCCAGUCCUUCAGUAUCUCUGACAUCAUCAUCAUCGCUGCUUACUUCCUGCUCAACGUAGCCGUCGGCAUCUGGUCGUCGUGCAGGGUCAGCAGGAACACUCUGAGUGGAUACUUCCUGGCUGGGAGAGACAUGGCCUGGUGGCCGAUCGGAGCCUCUCUGUUUGCCAGUAGCGAGGGCUCUGGUCUGUUCAUCGGUCUGGCUGGAACAGGAGCUGCCGGAGGCAUCGCUGUCGCUGGCUUCGAAUGGAAC